UUGUUUUUGUUGUCAGUUUUUCUCUUUUUCUACAAUUAGUGCAAUCAACAAUUUGUUUGUUUUUUAAUUAUUAUCAAUGUAACCAACAUUAUUUUUAUUCAUUUUUAUACUUAGUGAAUCGUCAAUGAACUAAUAACUAUGUUUACCAAGAAACAACAAAACCCGGUUGAAAAAUCGGUUCAAAAGGUUUUGGAUGAAAAGAAUGAUUGCUUCAAUAGGUUAAAACAUAUGAGAAUCAUUCUAGAAAACUAUGACCUUGCUGAAUCUAAAGCCUUUUUUCAAGCUCACUUCCAUCAUAUUUAUUUUAUAUUUUUCAAUGCAUUCACAACACAGGAGGCUUUAUCAAAACAAAAAGGGCAAAAGCAAGUCAGAGAAGAGUAUACAACACUUUAUGAACCGAUUCUCUACUUAUUUGAGAAAAUUCUUAUUCUUCUUCCCGAACAAAUUGAAAGAAAAUGGCAAUUCCAUAGCUUGAUUCAUGUGAUGAAAAAGUUACUUAACCCUGGAAACAGUUUCAAAAUUCGACAAGAAGGUAUUCGACUUUUUUUGAUCUGGUAUCAAAUCAUUGGAGAAACGAAUGACCCAGUCUUAGAUAAUUUAUUUGCCAUAUUGGUUCCCGGAAUAGUACCUAAUGUACCCAAUUUCUUCGCGUCAUACAUUAACAAACAGGCUGGUGAAAGUGAACCAACUGAAAAUUCAGCUUUCUAUGUUGAUCAUUCUACAAAUGAAAGUAACACCAGUGACACUUCGAAUUAUCGGUCAACUUCAGCUUUCAACUCUUGUGAUAAUGAGCCGUUAAUACCUGCUCAUCAAAGUGAACCCAGAGAACCUAAAAAUUAUUAUUUUUUACAAUAUCUUAUGGACUAUUUAGUAUCUCAAGUUUCCCGGGUCUAUUGGAGAGAACCAAAAGAAUACAGACAAAGGAAAUGUUUCCAUUUUUUAUUUGAAAAAUUUAAAUCCAUCUAUCUACCUCACCUGUUUCCCAAUCUGGAUACUGGAUUUUCUAUCUAUGCACCAACCCUUGAAGUGCCAACACUUCGUAAGCCUGACGAAGAAGCUGUUAAAGAUCGUCUGUUACCCUUUAAAUGUGUUGUAAUACUUUGGCUGGCUAAAUAUAUGAGGGAUGAAGAGAAAGAAGUAACUAGAAGACGCAAUAGCUAUGAUAAUCUGCAGACUGGUCAGAAUAAAAUACAAUCAUCUGGUAGUUUAUCAUCUCAUGAAUCAAAUUCGGAAUGGCGUGAGCCAACUCCUUUUGAUUAUGACUUGGUGCGAUCUACUUUUUGCUCUAACCGAGCUAAUAUCAAUUUACUUCAUCAAAUUUUUCGUCAAGCCUUCUUAAUGCCUUUUCAACAAGCCAGUACAAUGAAUAUUGUAGUCUCCGUUUAUCGAAAUUGGAUUCUCUGUACAAAUGAUGUACCUUCUUUCAUGAAGGAUCCAUCAUCUACAUCUGAGGAAUACAAUGAAAGCGAAACAAUCAAGGCUGGACCUUCUGCGUUAUAUCGAGUUUUCAUUGCCAAUGCAGCUAAUAUAUUUCUUUUUCAAGUGCCUUCUGAUGAUCCAAAACUGCUUGAUGAACAAGUUGAAAUGUGCAAACGAGUUUUAAAUACAUGGAGAUAUAUGCUAAUGGAACUCGAGAUGAAUAAGUGUACAUGGGAAUUACUGCUCUCAGUCUUGCUUCGAAUCACUUCUUUUUUGUAUACCGAAAAGGUUCCUCCUCGAAAAGAAGACUCUCUUGGUGGACGUCUGGCACCGGCUUUUUUUCAGACAUUAGUUGUUGGUAUGAUAAAAGCAAACUUGGAGGCUUAUAUAUCAUCAAAUUUAUGGGAACAAUUUCAAUCAAUUCUUACAUCCUUGACUCAGUGGGAGGAACUGAUUAAAGACUGGAGUAAAAACAUGGAGUCGCUAACAAGAAAUGUUUCUUAUCAUGUUUAUCAUAUCAAUCUUCAUGAUUUACCUUUGGAACGACUGAUUGACAAACGAAAGAGAACACAAAAAGGUCCAAAAGCAUUUCUUCCCUCACGUUCUUCCAAAGAUGGUAAAAAAUCUACUCGACAAGAUGGCUCAGUAUCUUUUUCACCUGCAAAAAUUUCAAACGACAAUAAUUCUGGUAAUGCAACAAAAAUUUCUACCAAUUUUUCCAUUUCAAAACGUUCUAUUGAUGCAAUCGACGGUGUGACACAGCGAACAAAAUCAAGAUCACAAACUACAAAUGCUGAUUAUUCAACACCUACGACAAAUAAUUUGCCAACAAAACUUGCCAUUGCUAAUCGAGCUCUCGUUCGUAGUCCCAGUGAUAGUCAAUUGUUGGCUAGAAAAAAAUCUAUAACUCGCAAGCGGACACAAACUGUCAUCCAAACUACGCCAUUAUCUUCCAAAUUCAACGGUUUCGCAAAAUUAAGAUCUGCAUCGCGAAGUAAAUCUCUUGAUCAUUUUUCAACUAAUCUGACUGAAUCUCCAUCCUCAUCUCAAUCUUCCGUUUAUCAUUUGCGAUCACCCUCACCGACGCCAUCCAGUGGUUUAGAUGCAAAUAGUCUUAAAGAUUCUCCCUGUCACAUUGAAGGCAAUUCCAUUAAUAGCAACAUUAGUUUAUCUUCAACUGGACAUUCAGUUGCAGCCGGAGGACCUCAUCGAGGCUGGUCAGCCGAAAGCUCAUUUAUAAUUUGGCGUCGAAUGCUUGGUUCUCUCGGUGAUGUAAACCAAAUUAGAGAUCCCCAGCUUCACUUUCAAGUUAUAGAGUGUUUAUCCAAUAUCGUUGAUAUAUUUUUGGUCAUUCGAGAUAAUUUAGGAGUUUCCCUUGACAAUUUAUCUACUCCACCCCCACCUCUCUACGUACCACCGAUUCAUUUUUUUGCUUCAUGGCUAUUUGAAACUCUUCAACUUUCUAAUCAUUAUAGGAAGGGCAAAAUAGUUGCUUACAAGUUACUCUGUUUAAUUGUUACUCGAAUGCCAGAGAUUCAUUCAUCAAAUGAAUUUUUAUCUUUAUUUUAUUGUUCUAUCCAUCGAGGUCUUCACUCGAAAGAUUUGGAAACUCUCUGUACUAUUAUCAGAUACUCUGGUGUCAAACUGUUUUCAUCUAGUCUGAAAGGAUCCUCAAUUCUUUUGCUUGACUUUGUACAUUCUUGUGAUAUUAUCGUUAAUGCCAAAGAGUCUAAAGAUUUUAAUAUACCACGAUUUGAGGCACUGUCUUUACUUGGUACUUUGAUGUCGCUCACCGAAAUUUGUCAUAAUUUGAAAGUCCUAGAUCCCAAUAGUCUCGAACCUGUUCUUAUUGAUUGUGGUAACACAAAAGAUUCAAUUUUGAAAAUUCUGAUGGGAGCCCGAAAACAAGAGCAAACCGACUUAGCAAGAUGUGUUGUACUCAAUUGUCUUGGAAUAAUUAUCUACCAAGAUCUGAAAAACAGAAAUCGUAAUAUGUCAAAUAUACUUCCUGAAAUAAUUAAUAUAUUUAUUGCUGAAACAAGAUUUAAUAACAGAUAUCUUUCAAGGGUAGCAUGCGAUAUGCUAAAAUUACAAACUGAUCAUAUAAACUUUCUUGUCGAGACUUAUCCUAACAUUCCCAGACAAAUUGUUGAGGGUCUUAUUUUUUCUAUCACAAAUCAUCUGACGAUGGUUCGUGAAAGCAACUCUUAUAAAGAUUAUCGUAAUUUGCUUCUCAGCUUGCUUAUGUGCCUUGGACAUUGGUGCCUGUGCUUACCGCGGAAAAUUUUGUAUAGUCCAAUCAAAUCUGAUCAAAGUCCCAUAACUCUGUUUCUUAUAAUCCAGGUAUUAAAUCAUGUCAUAUCAGAACUCAACUGUGAUAAUGUAUCAUCUCAUAAGACAAACCCAAGACACUCAGAGUCUGAAAACGUUGGUAAUAUAGAAGGAGACUUUGGUCUUCUUGGAGGAUCUCACUUUCACCCAGCCUUUAGAAAUAAUAAUGCCGAUCCAUUUUCUGAAAAAACAAAUAGUGAUGCAUUGGUUGUACAAUUAGCGGCCAAAAUGCUUCUUGGUCAUAUUAUAUACUUUUUAGAUCACUUUCCAUUACCUACUAUUGGUGCACCUCGUCUCUCCAGCUGUAUAAAUGAAGCUGAUGAUAAUUUCUUCAUUUCCAAAUCCGAGCAAGAUCACGAAGAGCUUACAGCUGAACUCUUCAAUGCACCCAAUGUACUUGUUUGUAUGAUAAACAAUUCAAGUAUAGUUUCAUUUGUGGAUCUCAGUUGUGGCAGUGGGGAUACUUUGAAAAAUCAUUCCUACAAUACAAUUAAAAACGAUCCUUAUAUAAGAAUAAUUAUACGAGAUGUAAUUGGAAAGUUUACUUGGGACUGUUGUCCGAUUUUUUCAUAUUAUCGCCGUAACCCAAGCUCUUUGGAUAGUUAUUCAAUACCUACGGAUGAUUUUUCCCUUAAAUCCAGAAGUCUGGGAGAUCUAGAAGAGAAAGAGGAAGAAGAUGAUCCAUGCAUGAGAAAUGACCCUUUGGAUUUGAUUCUUCGAGAGAUAGUCAAUACAAUUGCUGGUAAAAAAUAUUUUACUAACACUCCUGUUCCAGCCAUCAACGAUAAUCUUGAUCAAGCUGAGGAAAACAUGAUGGCGUUACUGGGUAAUCAACACUAUCAAGAAAUGAAUUUCAUUGAAAGACCUGUGCUUCGAGAUGGAAACCGCAAAGAGUCAAAUGCUACUUCAUCUCUUGACUCCAUUAAAAGCAAAUCAUCUGUUAAUGAACCAGACUGCAAUCAAUCCUCUUAUCAUCAAAUGUUUUUUAUGCACUGUCGCCAGCUCAUUGACCAGUUAGGUUUCCUUUUUUGGGAGAAACGUCCACAUAUUGAGCUGCUUAAUAAAAAUGACAAAACUAUCAGAGAAUUAAAAAAUCUUGAUAAUCAAAAAUGUCGUGAAACUCACAAAAUUGCUGUUAUAUACGUGGCUGAUGGACAAGAAGAUAAAAAUUCAAUUUUAUUGAAUAAAAGCGGCAGCCCUGGGUUUGAAAAGUUUGUCUCUGGCCUGGGUUGGGAGAUUGAUUUGGAAACUCACUCUGGUUUCAAAGGAGGAUUGCAAUCAAAUAAAAGUACUGGUGUUAGUGCUCCAUAUUUUGCUGACUCUUUUUGUGAAGUCAUUUUCCAUGUUUCAACUCGAAUACCUGCUAAAGCUGAAGAAAGUGAUUCAUUGAGAAGAAAAUUAACUCACCUAGGGAAUGAUGAAGUUCACAUUGUUUGGUCCGAACAUUCUCGUGACUAUCGUAGAGGAAUCAUACCCACAGAGUUUUGUGAUGUUCUCAUUGUUAUCUAUCCAUUGAGCAAUUUACCUGGAUAUUAUCGCAUAGAAGUUUCACGUAAACCUGAAGUUCCAUUUUUUGGUCCCAUUUAUUCAGGAGCCAUUAUUCAUCAUUCUGUUCUUAGUGACCUUAUCCGGGCUACUGCAAUCAAUGCCUCUCGAGCUCAACGUCUUCAGGUUCCCUUUUAUCAACAUUAUUUUGAAGAGCGAGCUCGAUCCAUUGAAACAAUUUAUAAUCAGCAUCGUGAUUUACGUAGUUUUGAAGAUUAUGCAUCAGCCAUUUUUUCACCUUCAUCGAUAACUGUAACCCACAGGAUGUCUGCUUCAUUCACAAAUCCUUCCCACCCAUCAUCAACACUUAAUCAACAUAAUAAUCAAGACAAUACAACUCCACCUGGACAAUCAAACGAGUCUAACUCAAGUCCUCGAUCCAAGUAUCGACCAUUAAGCAUGUCCAAUAUUGAACACAAGUUGACUUCAAAGAUAACCUCUCAAUGAUAUUGAAUAAUCAAAUUAGCUAAGCAAAAAUGAUAAUCGUUCAAUCUUUAUUUGGAAGCUUUUUUUAAAAGAAAUAAAUAAAAAAUAGUGAAUGAUAUCAUUAAUUUUGAAGGCCAGUGCGAAGGCAAUUUUCUUAUCUAAAUAAAUAAAUUUUCUGCCGUUUA